AUGGCCCCUCUCAAGCUGUAUACGUUCUCGCACAACAGAAAUGCCUACAAGGCGUUGAUCGCAGCCGAGUAUACCGGGGCCAAGAUCGAGAUUCCCGCAUUCGAGUUCGGCAAGACCAACAAGACCAAGGAAUUCCUCGCCUGGAAUCCCAUCGGCAAGGUGCCAGUUCUGCAGACCCCCGACGGUCCCAUCUUUGAGAGCAACGCCAUCGCCAAAUACGUCGCCAAGUCGUCAGAUAAAGGCGGCCUCACGGGCACCUCGGUCUAUGAAACUGCGUUGAUCGACCAAUGGAUCGACUUCACAACCAACGAGAUCGACGCGCCCCUCUGGAGGUGGUUCACCCCCUUCUACGGCUACGGCACCAAGAUCCAAGAGGUGGAGGACAAGGCGAAGGAGGCGUGCAAACGCGGCCUCGCGUCGUUCAACUCGUAUUUGGAGUCGCACACCUUCCUUGUUGGUGACCGGGUUACCCUCGCUGACAUCGUCGCCGUUUCGCAGCUGUGGACCGGGUACAUCACAAUGUUUACCCCCGAAUUCAUGAAGGAAUUUCCCCACGUGGACCGGUACUGGAACACGCUGAUCAACCAGCCCAAGGUGAAAAAGGUCAUCGGCGAUGUGCAGCAGGCGCAGGCGCAGCCCACGGGGGUGACCACGUGGUUCGAGGGGCCAAUCGGAAAGCUCCAGGCCGCCGCUGCUCCCAAGCCCGCCCCUGCGGCUGCCGCCAAGCCCGCGGCGGCGGCGGCGGCGGCUGCUGACGGCGAGGAGGCGGAGGCGCCGAAGCCCAAGGCGAAGAACCCGCUGGACCUGCUGCCGCCCAGCCCCAUGGUGAUGGACGCGUGGAAGCGGCUCUACUCCAACACCAAGGCCAAGGACUUCCGUGAAGUCGCCAUCAAGGGCUUCUGGGACAUGUACGACCCUGAGGGCUAUUCUCUCUGGUUCUGCGACUACAAGUACAACGAGGAGAACACGGUCAAGUUUGUCACGCUCAACAAGGUCUCGGGCUUCCUGCAGCGCAUGGACCUCGCGCGCAAGUACGCCUUCGCCAAGAUGUGCAUCCUGGGCCCUGAUGCAGGCCCGUUUGUGAUCAAGGGCGUGUGGCUCUUCCGUGGAAGCGAGGUGCCCAAGUUUGUACUCGACGAGUGCUACGACUGCGAGCUCUAUGAGUGGACCAAGGUCGACCUUUCUGACGCUGCACAGAAGGAGCGCGUGAGCCAAUACUUUGAGGAGCCCGAUGAAAUUGACGGGCUUGUGCUGCAGGAGGCCAAGUGCUUCAAAUGA